AUGUCAACUAAGCCAUUUCGUUUAUCAUUAGAUUCAUCUAUGUGUCGUUUAAAUAUUGAUGAUAUUUCUGAUCUAGCAGACAUUGCUCAUAGUGAUAAUGAACAUCAUUUAUGUGAAAUGAAAACACCAUUAAUCAAUGAUGGUAUACCAUUGAAUGAUUUUAAUCUAACUCUUUUAGUCAAUGGACUUAAAAAUGGUGUUGAAUUAGCUAUACGAUCUGGUAGUCGUACAUCAAGAAAUCAUGUUCGCUUGAAAGUUUUUAAAAUUAUUAAUCAAUACUAG